AGCCAAAACUAGGGAUACGAGCCCACUAAAUCAACAUGUUCGAUCAGCUGCAUAUGAUUGCAGAGGCAAAUGAACGCCUCGGGUUCAAACUUCAAUAACGAAUUCAGUGUAUAGCUAGCUCCACGAUCAAUCGCGUGCAUUUAGGUCUCUCGGCAGUGACGAGUACAGUGACGGGACAAACAGGUAGUAGGUUUCUUAUGCCUGCAAGCAUGGAUCUUUACGAUGUAUGGAACCACAUCAACGUCCGCACAGCCCUUCUUGGUUUUACGCUUUUCACGAUCCUCUUCUGGGUCUUCAGACGGCCCAGGAACCUCCCUCCCGGCCCUAGGGGAUGGCCGCUGCUGGGUUACCUACCGCAACUAGCCAUGAUUAAAGGGCCUAUCCACGAGGCUUUGGGGGAGCUUUCUCAUAGAUACGGAAGUCUGGUGAGCUUUUCAGUGGGCAAUCACCUCGUCGUACUCCUGCAAGAUUAUGACGUCAUGAAAGAAGCAUUUGCCCAGCAUGAGUUGAGUGGACGGCCGACAUUGGAGCUCAGUCAGUUAACUCUGCCUGGCUACGGCGUCCUCACAGCGUCUGGUGAGCCCUGGCUUGAGCUUCGUCGGUUCUCAAUCACAACCCUACGAGGCUUCGGAGUGGGCAAGUCAAGCUUCGAGGAACACAUCACUACGGAGACCAAGUGUCUGAUGGAGGAAAUCCGCAAAACCAAGGGGGAGAUUCUCAACCCAAGACACUAUGUAGAGAACGCUGUGUCUAAUGUCAUCUGCUCUGUGGUCUUUGGAAGGCGGUUCGAGUACACGGAUACGCAAUUCAAAAGGCUCUUGGAGGCCCUUAAUAAUAUAUUUGAAAUCAUUGGAGCAGGUGGAGUGGUCCAGUUCGUACCCAUAUUUGCCAAGUUGCAGUUCCUACCCUUCGUGAAGAAGAUCAUCCACACCAACCUCAGCUUCGACGAGAUUCUCUACCAGCUGUUGUUCAGAAGGAACGUGCAACAAGGAGAGGUGGAAUACAACGAGAACCCGCGAGAUUUCGCGGGAGCGUUUAUGAAGGCGAUGGAUGACAAGGAGGAGCAAGGUGUCCACACGUAUCUGACCCCAGCGAGUAUGCAAUACACGCUUGGAGACCUGUUUGGGGCCGGAACGGAGACUACUUCGACAACACUCCUCUGGGCUUUGCAUUUUAUGGUCGUAUACCCUGAAAUCCAGACCCGGGUACAGAAGGAUAUAGACAGAGUUGUUGGACGUAAUAGGCUACCCAGGCUGUCUGACAAACCCGAGCUACCCUACGUGGAAGCGGUCAUCAGCGAGGUUCAACGCUUGGGGAACACCGUGCCUCUGGGAGUACCUCAUAAAUGCAUCGAAGACACAACUCUGCGAGGGUAUCAUAUCCCAAAGGGUGCCACCAUCGUGGCCAACUUGUGGCGCGUUCACAAUGACCCGAUCGAGUGGUCCAAUCCCAGCGAGUUCAGACCGGACCGAUUCCUGGACGAAGAUGGCAAGUUUGUUCGGCGGGAAAAGCUCAUCCCGUUUGGAAUAGGUAGGCGUGUGUGUCUGGGGGAACAGCUUGCACGGAUGAAACUCUACAUCAUCUUCUCCUGCCUCCUGCAUCAGUUCACCUUCCAGACACCAGAGGGCGCCGCACCUCUAGCCUUCAAGGCGUGUCAAGGAAUUACGCUUGCUCCCGCGCCGUUUGAAAUCUGCGCGAAUCCGCGAGAUACCUAGCUGUGUUUGUAGUUCGUAAAAGAUUCUCGCUUCGUAUUUCGCAUAUAUAUGUCAUAACAAUGUGAUAAGGUAAAUAAGGUAAACCUACCAAAGUACCAAGAAAGAAAGUUCCGUUAAUUUGUUUUUAAAGUUAAACCUGAUCGAGGUAUGCAAGGAACAAUAGCAAGAAAGAAGAGUAUUGAAAUAAGUAUUAUAAGAUAAUCCUCUUUGCAAUGUUUUGUGGUAGGACCACAGAAUUACGGUUGGUAACAAUCUUUUUUUUUUUUUACAAACACUGGGCAAACAAAGGGGAUAAUUUUGUGUCUGACCUACUCGACGACAAAGGUGCUUUUUUGAGCUUGGAGUGCUUUAUGUUAAAAUUCAGUAUUAGAACUAACUUUCUAGAGUAUGGUGGUGUCGUCAAGGCCGCCAACAAUUCUUUUUGUAAUUUCCUUAAAGAUGUUAAGUCAAAUAUUUGCUUUCCUUUUAUCCCAUUUAAUUUUGAGAUACUUGUGUUAGAUAAAAAAGGUUUUGCCCGUAUCUAUCAUAUUUUACUUCAGUGAAAACAAAGGUUGCAAGUAAAUUCAUUGAUAAAUGGGAAACAAAAUUGAGCAUCAAUUUCCCUGCAACUAAAUGGUUGGUUUUCUGCAGUAUGCCCUUUGCGAUUUCUUAUGAUACUAAAUUACGAUGGUCAUACAGGCGUCAAUUCUUAUUUGGUAAAGAUUGGUAAAGGGCAGAACGACUUGAGGUCCUUCUGUCAUGUAGAAAAUGAAACUCUGAUUCACUUAUUUUGUACUUGUGAGAUUUCUUUAUCGUUCUGGACCCAAAUUAGUGAUUGGAUUAAGAAGACCUUGAAUAUUAUUGUGUUUGUAGAUUAGGAGAUAAUUUUUUUUGGCAUACUUAACAAAAACUGGAGCGCCCUUAACUUAAGUCUUCUCCUAUGUGCCGUUACCAUAUUUACAAAAUGAAGAUGAAUGGUAGCAAACCGUCUCUUUUAGUAUUUAAGAAUGAGCUAAAACGAUACUAUGUAUAAAUAUUAUAAAAAUUCGUAUUUGCUACAAAUUGUAAUCUUGCUAAAUUUAAUGCGAAAUGGGACCCAUUCUCUCUUUUAUGUAAUGAUUAAUUUUUUAUUUGUUUAUACUUAUUGUAAAACGCAAGAGAAACGCUUCUUCUAAUAAAGUUGUGGAAAAAAAGUGUUCGAAUUAUUACCAUUUCACCAUAAUAGGGCCCAGAGGCAGCCUCUUUUACGUGAGCUAAAAUAUUUAAGCAUAACAAACCUUAAUAAAUACAAACAAGCACUAUUUAUG